UCUGCCCCCAAUGGCAAUCUCGUAAUUUCACACAAUUCCGUGGGCUUUUUCUGAUGGUCCGAGCUGCAUUUAAUGCCACCAUUUCUUUAAACCGGCCCAACACUCAGUCCUCCGCCGUCGCCACGAGAUCGCAACCUCUCUUCGUCUUCAGUGAAACUCAAGCGAGGGAUCGGAUUCGAAGGACUCGGGGUUGGGGGAAGAGAAGAUCAAGAUGACGUCGGGUUCGAGGAUGCCGACGUGGAAGGAGAGGGAGAACAACAAGCGGAGGGAACGACGGCGGAGGGCGAUCGCCGCCAAGAUCUACUCCGGCCUUCGGAUGUACGGCAACUACAAGCUCCCCAAGCACUGCGACAACAACGAGGUCCUCAAAGCCGUUUGCAACGAGGCCGGUUGGACCGUCGAGGAGGACGGCACCACUUACCGCAAGGGAUGCAAACCAAUGGAACCAAUGGAGGUGGUUGGAGCCUCAGCUUCACCUAGCCCUUGCUCAUCAUACCAGCCAAGCCCCUGUACAUCAUAUAACCCAAGCCCUGCAUCAUCAUCCUUUGCUAGCCCUGCUUCUUCAUCCUACAUCACCAAUGCCAACAACACCAACAAUGUCACUGAUGGCAUUUCCCUCAUUCCAUGGCUUAAAAAUCUUGCCUCAUCAACCUCAUCCUAUAAGCAUCCUAACCAUUACUACCACCUUUACAUGCAUGGAGGUUCCAUAAGUGCACCUGUUACACCACCUUUGAGUUCUCCUACUGCUCGCACACCACGGAUGAAAACUGACUGGGAUGACCUUGCAGCACAGGCUUCAUGGGCUGGUGGUGCUAACUACACUUUCCAACCAGCAUCCUCCACUCCUCCGAGCCCCGGCCGACGAACCAUUCCUGAUUCAGCUGGAUGGCUAGCAGGGCUCCAAAUACCAAGUGGAGGUUCUUCAUCACCCACCUUUAGCUUUGUCUCAUCCAAUCCAUUUGGGGGAUUGCCUACAAUGGGUUCUUCCAGUUCCCAGAUGUGGACUCCAGGACAGAGUGGGACAUGCUCCCCAGUUAUUGUUGGGCCUGAUGUCCAGAUGUCUGAUGAGUUUGCAUUUGGAAGCAGCAGUAAUGGCAACCUUCCUGCUCCAACUGUGGUAAAGCCAUGGGAAGGGGAGAGGAUUCAUGAGGAAUGUGUAUCUGAUGAGCUGGAGCUAACUCUUGGAAGCUCAAAGACAAGGUCUGUUACCCAAUUAUAAGCUGUUUGUUUAUCAUGCUGUUGUUGAUAAAUGGAUAGAGAGGGAUGUCCUGUAACAGAGCAAGAUGAAUGCCCUGACAUUGUAAUGCUGCAGAAAUGUGAGGCAAUGGUAAUGUGGUAUAUACUAGCUGGUUCUCUUAUACUACCUGCACUUCUUACAAUUCUGUUUUCUUAGGGUGCCAGCAGUUAUUUAUUAGUUAAAAUGAUAUUGAUAUUCCUUUUCUAAUUCUUUUUUCAUGGCAAAUUUGGAUGCUUGAUUUGGGAAUUGAUUUCGAUUUUGUUUGAUUAAUUUAACGUUGUGCAUUAAGGUCUUG